CGAGUCGGAACUAAAAGUGUCACAUCGCCAAAAAGCGCGUCGGGCCGUUUUCGCGGUGACUCACAACGCCAUUGAUCUGGAGCCGUAACAUCACACAGGCUGGUUGAAAUGGAAGGGGGAGGGGUACCAGCUGUCGACCUGAGCAGGAAGUUUGUGUCAGAAACUGAGCUUGAUGAGAAAAGAAAGCAAAGACAGGAAGAGUGGGACAAAGUGAGGAAACCCGACGAUCCAGAAGAGGCUCCUGAGGAGGCGUACGACUCUCGAACCCUCUUCGAGCGGCUGCAGGAGCAGAAAGACAAGAAGCAGGAGGAAUAUGAGGAGCAGUUCAAAUUCAGGAACAUGGUGAGAGGAUUGGAUGACGACGAGAGCAGCUUCCUGGACGAGGUCUCCCGGCAACAGAGCCUGGUGGAGAAGCAACGCAGGGACGAGGAGAAGAAGGAGCUGCUGGAAUACAGAAGCGCUCUAGUGAAGAAGGCGUCUACUGAAACCCGCAAAGAACCUGAAAAGAAGGUAGUACCUAAACAUUCAGGACCAGAGCAGAGGACCAGUCACCUGUCUCAAGCCCAUUUAUUGGCUGGAGCUGUAAAGAGGCGCAGUUCCUCCCAGUCGUCAGACACCAGUAAGAGACAGAAGGUGGAAAUCACAGCGGCAACGACAGGAAACGGAGACAGACACACAGAACAGGAGGCAGGAGGAGCAGGGGGAGCUGAAGACCAACAAACCGUCCCCGACCUGACGUCCACGACGCCCUCGGCUCCCCAGGGCUCGGGCCAGGGCGUCCUACACCUGCCGUCCGCCGCCGUGUGCGUCGGCGUUUUACCGGGAAUGUGGGUUUACUCUGGCAGCAGCGACUCUGACAGCAGCUCGGACAGCGAAGGUAGCGUGGACCCAAUCAUGUUGCCGUACCCCCGGCUCAACAGGGCUUACAGAUAGACACACACACACACACACACAAACACACACACACACAGCCUCUGAUGCUUGUUUACCUGCCUGUAGGAUGUUUAUAAGUCAGAAAAGGUAACCUCACAUAAGAAAUGUACACACACACACACAGAGUAAAGGUCAUGCACACAUGCAUUGUUACAGAGGAAUACACAAAACAGAGGCAACACAACUUCAUAUCAUGUAAAAGUCAAACACACACUUACAUGUUCAGUAUUCCUGUUGUUUUCACAGCUGUGAGUUCAACUGUCUCUGUGUCUCCGGACAAAGUUCAGCCCAGUAAACAAAAUUCAGUGACAUUCAAAACCUUUUUAUAAUUUGAAUUAACUAUACUAAUAUCUAUUUGUGUUUCUUUCCUAUUGUGGCUCUCAAACGUGACACCGCCGCCCUUCCUUUCCCUUAAUCACGUCUC